AGCCCAAGCCACACACACACACACACUCUUUGAUUAUACUUAAAACCUACAAAACCACUCCACUCUCUGUCUCAUUGCUCUAUGAAUCAGCACACAAUUUACCCUUGCUCUAAAAAUAGAAAGGAAGCCGAAAAGCUUUUUGAUUUUCUCUCUCCUCCGUUCCCUCAAACCCAAUCCAAAGCCAGUCGGAGAUCAAUGAAAUCCAAAACAGAUUCACUACUUUUCCAUCCGUGUCAAUAGUAAAUCAGUCCUAAAACAAUAUCAGAAAACCAGAAACAACACAACCACUGUUGGUUCCUACCCACUGUUGCAGAAAACUUCAGGUGAAUCCGAAACUCGUAUGGACCAGAGAAAAAAACAAAAAAAAAGCCUCCACUUUUGACCCACUCAACCGACGAGAAGCCUUAAAUCUUGCAACCAACCGGAGAAAAUUCCAUCGUUCCAUACCCAACAUGCGGAAGCCAUGAAAUCUCAGGGAAAUUCCUCAUAAAAGAAUCUCUGGUUCUUUUGAUCCCCUGGUAAAAAAUACUUGAGAAAGAAAGAGAGAGAGAGAGAGCAGUUGAUCUUGAAAAGCAUAGAGAGAGAGAGAGGGAGGGAAAAGGGUUCCUCUGACAAAAAAGACCUCUAUUUGGUCAGAUCCAUCAAUAGGAAUUGUGAGAGAGAGAGAGAGAGAGAGAGAGAGAGAGAGAGAGAUGGCCUGCAAAGUGGACAUGUUUUCCCACCUCUCAGAAGACAUCAUCCUCAACAUCUUCCUCAAGCUCGAAGAUGACCCAAGGCACUGGGCCUGCUUAGCCUGUGUAUGCACAAGGUUCAGCACCAUUAUCAGGACAAUUUGCUGGAAACACAAGUGCUUGACCACCAUACCUGCAAUCGUCUAUGACCUUCUUCAAAGAAACCCUCUUUCUCUCUCUACGAUGGCAGAUGAACCCCCCGGGGGUUGGUCUGCUCUCCAAAAGGUUGCAGUUUGUUGCCCUGGCCUCCUCCACGCUGGUGUUCUUUUUGAAAGCUCGGAUUUUGGAUUGGAAAGAGCUAUUGGUCCCCAUGAAGAAUUUGCUCUCAUCUCUCUACCAACCAAGGAAAAAGUGUUCUCUCCCCAACGCCCAAAGAUCACAGGUAUCCAAGAUCCAAAGAACCCAUCUCUGCAAAAGCCCCAUUUCUCUCUCCAAAACCCCCAGCUCCCAUCUCUCCAUGAACCAAAGAACCCAUCUCUCCAAAAACCCCAAUUAUCCCUUCAAAAUGCUGAAAAUCCAUCUCUCAAAGAACCUCAAUUUGCAACUCUCCAUGACCCAAAGAACCCACCUCUCCAAAACCCCCUUUUCUCUCUCCAAGACCCCAAAAAUCCAUCUCUCUCUACUGGUGAAGGUCCAAGCAAUACUCAAAAUUCGGCCAUUGUAAGCCUCAAUUCUGACUGCUCCUGGUCUCUCUUUGAUGAUUUGUACUCCGAUACUGUUUACGAUGUGUCUGAGAUUCAAAAAGAUGGGGUUUCUAGGGAGAUAGACGUGGGUAUGGGUGGUGCAAUUAGGCCUUCACUAGAUCAGGAAAGGGAGAACGUUAUAACGAAUGAAUGUAAGAGGAGGAAAAAAUGCCAUUUUGUCAAUUCACAUCUAGCUUCAGGGGUCUGGAAUUUGAGCAGAGAGCAAGGGAACAAGCUCUUGGCUAGUAGAUUUAGGGGGGAUUGCCUUUAUAUAUGUGAUUGGCCAGGUUGCCUACACGCUGAGGAGAAGAGGAACUACAGGGUUUUUAGGGGAGUUUUCAAGAACUUCAAGAGGUCUAGAGUGUGGAGAAACAUAAAGGACACUAAGGCAAGUAAGACUUCUCUGAAUUGUGCUUUCUGUUCUUGUAAGGGGACAUGGGAUUUGCUCAGUUCUUUUUGUUUGAGGACGCUGUUUGAGUAUCAUGACGAUGGGGAGCCGGCUGUGAGGGCCUAUGUGUGCGAAAAUGGGCAUGUCUCGGGAGCAUGGACUGAUUGGCCCAUGUAUACAUAAAUCCAUUUCUCUCCCUACAUAUUUGAAGGGGAAAAAGAUGCACAUACUCCAUUUUUCACUCUACUUGUUUGAAGGGUUAAAAUGGUGUGCCUCAUUUCUCCCAUUCUACUCGUGAAAGGGAAAAAAGGCUCAUACCUCAUUUCUGGCUAUCCCGUCAGAGGUAGAAUAUGCUCAUUAUAUGGGUUCAUGUCUUUUGUUCUCUGAGUGUUUGGAUCACAAGUGAUAUCUGCGGAUAAUCCUCUGGAAUACAAGUCUACCUAGUCCAGUUAGUUAGAGAGAGGAUCAGACUCUGUUUGUUGCUUGUUUUGGGUGAAUUGAAUUUUUUCUUGAAGUUGGUGUUCUUUCUUCGUUUCUAAGUUGAAAAGCAUUUUUCUAGUUUUGGAGCAUCGAAAUUCUAAUGAAGAUAACAAAUUUAAUUUUUAGUUGCAUUACUUUCUAUUCCAUGUGUGACAGUUUUUAUUUUUAUUUUCUUUGAUUAGUGCCAUGUAUUGUAGUUUGUUUUAUGGUCCUUUAGCUGCUAUUGCAGCAAAUUACAAUCUCUUUUGGUCAUAAAUUGGAACUAUGACUUGAGCUCUUCA